AUGACCGGGAUCCCUUGUUCCCAUGCUUAUGCUGCCGUCAAGAUUGUGCACGGCAAUAUUUAUGAUUAUGUUGAUAAUUGCUAUAAAAAGUCAUCACAAGAAAAGAUUUAUGCUCCCAGUAUGAUUCUUGUGGUAAUAACAGACAUGCCUCGCCCAAAUGACUACUAUAGAAUAGAAAAUGUCAGUGAGCAAGUUUUCUUGCUACCUCCCAUUACAUCUCGACCACCAAGAAGGCCAAAAGUAAACAGGGAUGAAUCACAGUUCCAGAACAAACGGAUAUACCAAUGUGGAAGAUGCCACCAACCUCGACACACAAGCAGGAAUUGCAGAAAUCCUAACCAAUCAUGA